GCACGCCCCUAGCUGGUGUAGGGGAUAGCUACGUUUGUAUUUCGCAACAUCCGUUAAAAUAAGCAUCGACUCAUCAUUAUUUGUUAGUAUAAGUGCGGAUAUCUUGACGUCCUGAGCAACAAAGCAAGACAUGGCUACGGCCUCGCCUUCUCGCAGACAGAUUAGGAGACAGCAAUCCAGGGAUGUUUGGAAAUCAGAUCUCCAGCAAUUCUUCAGUUUUGUUCGUCGAGGCAAUAUUGCUGAAGUCGAUCGAUAUAUAAAGAAAGGUGGAAUAGAUGUCAAUGUUAAAGAUCCCUGGGACAAUUGUCCAUUGUACCUGGCAAGUCUGUGUGGACACCUUCACAUGGUGGAAUACCUAUUAAAAGCAGGUGCCAGGUAUGAUGCUCAGAGUAUAGAGGGGCAGAGGUGUUUCUUGUCAGCCCUGACAACAGACAUCAGACAAGCUCUAAAAGCAUACCAUUCUGAAUCCUCAAGUCAUGUCUCGGAGAAACCUGAAGACAGUCCAGGUGUCUCUGACCUCACAGUAUUCCUACAAAGUAUGUAUGAACGUACCCCAGACUUUGACCUUGAACUUGUGGUCGCUGACCAGACAUUCUUAGGACACAAAUGUAUCCUUAGUGUCCGGUGUGAUUACUUCUACAGAAGACUAACUGCUCCAGAUGCAUUUCAACUCAAGACUAUAGAGCUGACAGACCCUGUGUUUACUCCUGAGAGUAUGCGAGCAAUACUUCAGUUCCUUUACACUGGGGCACUGGAUAUACCGGUAGAGGAUGUGGAAGACACUCAGAGGCUUGCUGCUUAUCUUGGAUUUACAACGCUUGCAAACUGCAUUGAAGCUGAACUAAAACAGAAAAAAUCUGAACCCACAGGAGAAGAUCCUCCAGAGGUUGUGAUCAGUGUACAGGAUCCGAUGUUAAGCUUGGAUCUGAUAUAUGACUUAAGGAGGCUCGCUACAUCUGCUGUACCACAACAACUACACCACCUGGUUGGGGGUAAAGUGGAUUCCUCUACAGAGGCGAGCAAGAAGGACAUUGCUAACACAGCUAACAAUAUUCCAAUCUUCCCCGAUAUUUGUUUCUGUGUCGGAAAUCAACAGUUUGAAUGCCACAAGAUGUUUUUCUAUGGGAGAAGUGAGUACUUCAGGAUUAUGUUAAUUGAGAAACAAGAUGACCAGCCACCAGCCUUAGAGGGAUACAGGCCAAUGGUCAAGCUGGAUGACAUUACAGUCGAGGACUUUGUUCAUGUUAUCUCCUAUCUGUACCAGGAUCAGUGCACAGUUGAUGCUGCAACUCAGGACAGUCUGUUAGAAAUUUGUGACCGAUGGACACUACCUGAGCUGAAGUUACAACUGAGCAAUGAUGUCGGAGAGGUGACCGUGGACAACGUCAUGCAGAUAUAUAAAGAAACCAGACAAGAAAACAUCCGUGAGAAAUGUUACCAGUGCAUUGUUGAAAACUUCAUGAAGUUAGCUUCAAAGCACGAGUUCCACCAGUUUAUAAAGAGAGAGUUACCUGCUCCUGGUAAAGAGACAAAAGUAGUGAAGACAUCUCUGAUAUCAAGGCUUCUAUAUCAUAUGCGUAUCAUGGCACACACGUGGCAUGAAAAGAGGACUGCUAAUGAGAAAAUAAAGAGACUGAACUACAUCAUAUCUAACAGACUUGGCUACCAAGCGGAGUUUACUUUGUUUGAUGUUUCACCUGUACCGCCUGAGAGUAUGAGAAGAGAGAAUCACUCACACGACACCCCAAAACCUGUUAAAGAAAAAAACAACUCUUGCACUAUAUCAUAAAGUUUUUGACCUGCUAGUAUGAAGAUAAGAUAUCACAGUGGGCACUUCCAAUGUUAUCAUUAACUAGCUUUAUGGCUACAUUUGAACAACUAAUUCUUCAUAUUUAAAAAUCUCAAAGUUCUUAAACUUGGAACUUUUAGUUAAAGAUACCAAAUCACCAUUCUUGGUCAGUUUAAUUUUGUUUGAUUCAAACCACUUUUGUUUCAUAAUGUCAUAAAAAAGUGUUUACUAAUUAAGAAGUACAAAAUUGACCUUUAGCCUUUGACAUUCUUACAGUGACCUUUAGUCAGUUGAUUUUCGAUUGAAUUCUGGUAGAAUAUUUACUUUGUGAUAUCACAUGAAUAUGUUUAUCAAUUUAAGAAAUAAGAAGUGUUUUACUUAGACUUUUGACCUGUUGACCUUGACAUUGGUCUGUAGACUUGACUUGUAGAGUAUUUGACACCUAAAUGUAAUGUAACAAUUUUACACUUUGGCUCUUGCGGGUGAUAUGUGUGGAACCAUUGUUUUAGAAAAGGAAUUUUGAUAUUAGUGCUAUAUUUGAAUACUAUAUUUCUAUGCAUAUUUGUAGUUUGUCUGAAGUUGUUUUGGAAUACUUGUUUCUUGCUAAUAUACACCUUGCUCUAUUUGUACACAAAUUAACAUGUAUGUAAUUAAAAGUGAUCACACUUUAAAAUGUUGCAGUUAAGUGAUAUUGUCUGUGAAAUUUAGCAUCCAUUCUCUGUUGUAUGAUCUAUGUAUGAAUUACUUUCAUCCAAAUUAUGUUUAGCUCGGUAGUAACUACAGCUAUUUACCUGGGUUACAUACUCCCCCUCCAGGACCUCAUCCUCAAGUUUUCCAGAGGAAACAGUAAUUUUUAGCUGCUAUUUUUUUUACAUAUACCUUCUUUGUUGUCUUUACAUGUGUACCUAUGUAGAAGAGGUCAGUAUUUAUGUCAAUGUCCCCGAACUACGGAACUCUUGCUUAUUAGUCUUACUCAUAACACACUUUCGUUUCACUUGGACAAGAGAGUUACAUUUUCUGAAUGGAUAUUAAAAGGUGUAGGGUUACCUGCCCAACCUUGUGGGUAUCCUGAUUACCCUCAACAAUAAGACCCAUUUCACUACAAUCUGGGCUACAGGGACUUCCCAACCCAUAUUCACUAUAAUACAUACUGCCAGACAUUAUAUGGAUGAUGGGUUGGGAAUUCAUACGAAGGCCUUGUGAUCGAGGCCAACAAGAGUGAAUCAACUUUCUUGAGCUUGUGCUGUAAAAUAAAUAAAAUUCAUCAAAGUGAUUAAUCUAAAGAGAAUGAACUUUUUAAUUUCGAAGUUUACAGUAUUAGUUUUCAACAUAUCAAUACCAUUAGUUGCUUCAGUAUGCUGUCAGAUAAUGUGGAAGAUUUUAUCAAUAUUGCUGUAUUUCCAGUGUUGUUUGUUGUCUUUUAGGAAACAGUCUGUGAACAUCAAUCUGUGACAAUAUUUUAGUCUGUGAUAAUUUGAUAUUUAAAGUGUAACCAUUAUUUUAUAUAAAAUUUACAUGCAUAUUAUGAUGAAUUGUAAGAAAUUAUGUAAAGUUUGGCUUUGGAAGUUAGGAUCGUUUCCAUUGUUCUUAGCUCCCAAGGUUGAGGUCCAGGGUAUUUGACAUGCAGCUUUUGAACCUGACUGUAGUGUUACUGUCGCUGUGAUAGGUUUUAGCUGUUUAUACAUGUGAAGAUAUUAUUUUUUAAUCCACUCACAAAAAAGUUUUUAAGUACUUUUUGCAAAACUUGCAUUUGUAUGAAAAUAUUUUACUUUUAAUCACAUAAUUUAUUACUUAG